CUGACAUCACAGCUCUGAGCACAGCAGCUUCUGUUUUGGUCCCAGCAGCUGUAGAACUUCAUGUCCUGACCAGGUGACAGUGAAGUACAGUAACAGCUGGCACACAUACCUGUCUGUCCUGUCUCUACCUGUGCGAGUUCCUGAGCCCUGACACAAACCCAUCUCCAGCAGAAAUAUGCAGGUGAGGUGAGGGAGGGGCUUCCUAGGUAAAAGGCGCUGCAGCCCCGCCCUCUUCUGUCAGAGACUCAGGUGGAGCUCAGUGAGAACGUCCAGGUGAGUUCCUCUGUUUCAGGUGACAUCAUGGUAUCCCAUUCAGAGUUUGAGCGUGCAGGGAAGGAGGCGGGGCUUCAGGUGUGGCGGGUGGAGAACAUGGAGCUGGUUCCUGUUCCUGAGAGCCUGUAUGGCCGGUUCUACAUCGGCGAUGCGUACCUGAUCCUGAAGAGCACGAGCAACCGCAGCGGUGCCCUGCAGUACGACCUGCACUACUGGCAGGGUUCAGCGUGUUCUCAGGAUGAGAGCGGAGCAGCGGCUAUUCUCACUGUUCAGAUGGACGACUUCCUGCAGGGGGCGCCGGUCCAGUACCGCGAAGUACAGGGCUACGAGUCUGGUACCUUCACCGGGUACUUCAAAUCUGGUCUCACAUACAUGAAAGGGGGCGUGGCCUCAGGGUUCAAGCACGUGGUGACCAGUGAUGUUGGUGAUGUUAAGCGACUGCUGCAUGUCAGAGGUCGGCGCGCUGUCAGGGCGACGGAGGUUCCUAUCAGUUGGGACAGCUUCAACCAGUCAGAUAGCUUCAUUCUGGACCUGGGACAGGAAAUUAUUCAGUGGUCUGGUUCCCACAGCAACCACUUUGAGAAGCUGAAGGCAACCAUGGUGUCUAAGGGUAUCCGUGACAAUGAGAGGUGUGGGCGGGCUGAGCUCCAGGUCUGCGAUGAAGGGGCGGAGCCAGAGAAGAUGGUAGAGGUUCUCGGGGAGAAGCCGGAGCUUUCCGAGUCUCAGGCUGACGACACCGAGACAGAUGCUUCCAACAGGAAAGCGGCUCGUCUCUACAAGGUGUCGAAUGCAGGCGGAGACCUGGAGGUCACUGUGGUGGCCGAGGAGAGCCCGUUCUCCCAGAAUACUUUGGUGUCCAGCGAGUGUUUCAUUCUUGACAACGGAGCCAACGGACACAUCUUCAUCUGGAAAGGUAAAGAUGCAAACUCGGAGGAGCGUCACGCUGUCCUGAACACCGCAGAGUCGUUCAUCUCAAAGAUGAACUACCCCAGUUUCACACGGGUCCAGGUCCUUCCUGAGCACGGGGAGGGGCCGCUCUUCAAACAGUUCUUUAAGGACUGGAGGGGCCCCAGUGACACGGUCGGCAUGGGAACCGCCUACGUGUCCAAUAAGAUUGCAAAGAUGGAAAAGGUGCCGUUUGAUGCAGCUACGCUCCACCAAUCAGAAGGCAUGGCGGCGCAGUAUGGCAUGGUCGACUGCGGGGACGGAGAAAAACAGAUUUGGAGGGUCGAAGGCUCGGAGAAGGUUCCCGUGGACUCGGCGUCCUACGGUCAGUUCUAUGGAGGAGACAGUUAUAUCAUCCUGUAUCGCUACCAGCACAGCGACCGAAGCGGUCAGAUCAUCUACAUGUGGCAGGGAGCGGAGUCUACCCAGGACGAGGUUGCGGCAUCGGCCUUCUUGGCUGUUGAGGUGGAUGAUGAGCUGGAAGGAAGUGCUGUCCAGGUGCGGGUCAUUCAAGGAAAAGAGCCCGCCCACCUCAUGAGUCUGUUUGGCGACAAACCACUGGUGGUGUACAAGGGCGGGACUUCUAGAGAGAACGGCCAAUCGGAAGCUGCAGACACUCGCCUGUUCCAGAUAAGAGCCAAUCCAGCAGGAAACACCAGAACUGUGGAGGUGGAGCCGUCCUCCUCCCGUCUGAACUCCAACGAUGUUUUCCUCCUGGUUUUGCCCUCUGGAUCCUGGAUGUGGAAAGGCAGUAGAAGCAACCCAGACGAACUGAAGGGAGCCGAGCAGCUGGCUGAGAUCCUGCAUGUGACCCCCACCCUUCUGGACGAGGGGGAGGAGCAAGAUGGAUUCUGGGAUACGCUGGGGGGGCAGCAGGACUACUGUCGGUCUGCUCGGCUGAAGAACCAGAUGGAAGCUCAUCCUCCCCGGCUGUUUGCCUGCUCCAACAAGACUGGAAAUUUCAAGGUAGAUGAAGUUCCAGGUGAGCUGACGCAGGAUGAUCUCGCUCCUGAUGAUGUCAUGAUCUUGGAUACCUGGGACCAGGUGUUCGUUUGGAUUGGAAACGAAGCUCAGGAGGAGGAGAAGACUCGGGCAGUGACAUCAGCUGAGCGCUACAUCGAGAGUGACCCAGCCAAUCGUGACCCUCGAACCCCCAUUGUGACGGUGAAGCAGGGAUUCGAACCGCCAACCUUCACCGGCUGGUUUCUGGGCUGGGAGUACGAAUACUGGUCCAUUAGCCCACUCCAGCGCUAUCUCCAGGCCCUGUGACCUCACUUCCUGUUUACCAUUGACCUUUGAGCUGUCUGCAUGAAUAAAGGCUUUUUAUCGACA